AUGGCUUCUACCUCUAUGGUCGGUCUAAAUUCUCCACCGCAACCUGCCGAUCAUACCUUAGCAAUGGCUCGCGCUUCUUCUGCCGACUCAGCUCUUAGCGUCAUCACCGUCGGCGACUCCUCGACAAACGCGCUCUCUUCCUCAGCCUCCUCCUCCUCCUCCCCCCCGACAAGUAUUGGUGACUGUGCGAGCAUAUCAUCAGCUUCCAUGGGGCCGGAAAAUACCAUACCGAUGCCUACGCCAGAGACCGGCCGCAGCCGACGCCAGCGCACCAAUGUGACUACAUACAAUGUAAAGGUCCUCACUGGCACGGCGAUUCAUGCGCCAAAGAAGUUCAGCAAGGACCCGAAAGUAAUUGAAGAGCUAGCGCGCCGAAAGACAAUUUCGGGGGACACACUUCUCAGAGGUUCAGCCUCAGCAAGACGUCCUAGCGAUGCAAUUGAAAAAGAUGAGGGCCAAACGGUCAGCAAAGGCAUUGAUGCACUCGACUUGCAACUGUCUAAGAAGGCCUUGCCUAAACCCAAAAGCCAGAUGAGCCCCCCAAGCAGUCCAAAGAAGACCAAAAAACAACUGGACCUCGAGCGACGAAAAUCUACUCGAUCCGCAGCUGGAGAGGUCCUGGGGAGCCUCACCAAGAGUGUUAGUGUUUUGGGAAAGCGAGGUCGGCAGGUGGUGGAAGACACUAUGCCUUCAACGAGGGCUCAGCGGGAGCUCCGUAACCUGGCAGAUACCAAAGAAUACGCCAAGAUCGACACUGAUCCUGUCAUUCUCGAGGUGUGGAGCAAUGGUAAACUGGUCAAGCCCGAGACUGCGAGAGAGAAGAAAAAGAGAGAGAAAGCCGAGGCUGAGAAGGAGGCCGCUGCGAAGGUCAAGGAUAUCGUUGAACCGCCCGUUGAGCAGAAGCCCAAUCCUUCGAGUAAGAAGCGGAAGGUGUAUCUCUCCAAGGGUCUGUAUGCUGGACAGGAGCGGGAUAUCGGCAUAUUCGACUGGUUCAAGGGCUCAUCCCGGAGACUAAGAGAGGAAAUGGAGAAUGUGGCACCGUUCCGUCCCAACGGUUUCAUGCCGUUGCCAAUGUGGCAUGGCCAGCGAUUGUUGCAGGUUGGCCGUGACUUCAAGUUGCCAUUCGACGUUUGCUCUCCCCUCCCACCCGGUCAGCCAAAACCAGAUGAGUGGAGAAAGACUUCGAGCAACCGUUUCGUUGGUGAGGCCGGUGCUAUGUGGAAGAAUUCCAAACUUUUCGACAGCUGCGACUCAAAGUGUGUUUGCAAGCCAGAAGAAGGAUGUGAUGAGGAUUGCAUGAACAGAACCAUGCUCUACGAAUGUGACGAUGGCAACUGUGCUUCCGGACGUGACAGAUGCACGAAUCGUGCUUUUGCUGACCUGCAAGAGCGACGCAAGGCCGGUGGUAAAUACAGAAUCGGUGUUGAGGUCAUCAAGACAGCUGAUCGCGGUUAUGGUGUUCGCAGCAACCGUUGCUUUGAGGCCAACCAAAUUAUUGUUGAAUACACAGGCGAGAUCAUCACUGAAGAAGAAUGUGACCGCCGCAUGAACGAAGAUUAUAAGAACAAUGAGUGCUACUACUUGAUGUCCUUCGAUCAGAACAUGAUCAUCGAUGCUACUAAGGGAAGUAUCGCUCGUUUCGUCAACCAUUCCUGCAAUCCGAACUGCAAGAUGGUCAAGUGGAUCGUUGGUGGCAAGCCACGUAUGGCCCUCUUUGCUGGAGACAAUCCCAUCAUGACUGGAGACGAGUUGACCUACGACUAUAACUUUGACCCCUUCUCUGCCAAAAACGUUCAAGAAUGCCGUUGUGGCAGCAGCAACUGCCGUGGUUUCCUAGGACCGAAGCCAAAGCCGAACGCCAAGGAGCCGAAGGUUUACAAGGAACUUAAGGAUAACUUCAAGGCUGGUGUCAAGGCUGGUGUCAAGGCGGUAAAGAGAAAGCUCAACGAAUUGCUCGGUGGCGACGAUACGGAUGAUGCCGAGGAGCAUAGCCCAAAGAAGCGAAAGAUGAAGACUGCGACCGGAGUCAAGGGAUCGGCCCCCAGUGCUAGUAUGAAAAUGGCCAAGAAUGCGGGCAAAUCUGUCAAGAAGAGUGUCUCCAGCCAGCUCCUCAAUGCUCGCAACGCGGUGGGCAGUAAGCGUGUCAUUAAAAAGACGAUGAAGGCCAAGUCUCUGAAGACAUACGGCAACCGCAAGAGCACAAUCUCCGUCUCGAGAAAUUCCAGCAUGACUAUGGUUGAAACAGAAAGCAGCCCUCGAAGUGGAAAGAAGGCGAGCCCUCCGAAGAAGAGUGUAGGAAAGAUGGCUAGGAAGAGUGUACGUGGUGGGAAGGGGGCAUCUCGCGAUGACGGCGAUGGUACGAUUGGAGUUGUGAGUGGAGAUGAAGCAUAG